ACUAAAAAUUCAAAAGUUUUUGCACUAUUCCACGAAAAUUUUCUAAUUCUAACCUGUAAAAUCGUUGAAUUCUUGUAACUUAGGAAUUUUUGUGUGCUAGCCAGUGAGACUUACGCGAAAAUUUAAGAAAUUUAUUUUCUUUUCAGAAUUUUGUCAAUUUAAAUACUGGGACUUCACGGUUGUGAAAACCCACGUCACUAAAUAUGAUGGCGCUUUAAAACACCGUCUAAUUAUGUAUUCACCUUUACCUCCAUCUAAAAUACACAAAGAGAGUCUUAUUGGUAGAAUAAAGCGGGUCUAUUUAAAAAGUUUUAUAUAUAAAGCAUUUUAAAUGGACAAGUUUCAUUCUACCAAUAAGAAGCAUGUUUGUAGAGCAAGCGCAGUUGCAUUUGGGGACGGUCAUUGACAUCUCUUUAAGAGACUGUGUUUUCAUAUAGAUCUCUAUUUCAUGAUUCUUUUGUUUGAACCAUCUGGGAAAAACCUCUCAACCAACCAUUUCAGUCAUUGAAUUGUCUUCUUCUCUGAAUAUGGCCAACGUUGAUGACAAAAUCCUUGAAGAAGCGAGAUGGAUCAACGAAUUGUUUCCAGAAUACAGCAUUGAUAUUAUCUUAAGAAGGUUAAAUACCUACCGAAUGGCGUCGAAUCGCGUCAUUUUGGUAUUAUGGAAAUUGAUGCCCGUCAUGUGUCCAAAACCGCAAUAUCAACUUGAGGGAAAUAAGUCUGCGCCUAAAAGAAAAUCAUCGUCAUCACGCGAUCAGGUUAAGGUCGAAAGUUCGGCAUCAAGCAGUAAAAAAUCGAGAAGCUCGGAUGAAAGUGGGGAAAAUUCGUUGGCAACUUCUUCGAAACACACCACUAUCAUUUCCUCUGCAAAUUUGGAGAGUAAGAAACCGCCGAUUCAGUUUUACCAGAUGCCGUCUUCAUCUCGGUCACAGAUGCAGGAGAUUCAGAUUGAAUCGUCGAAUGAAAAAAAAAAAUCACGACCUGCUGAAAAUGUUCCCGGGGCGAGCUCCUCCAAAACGGAUGAGAUUUUCUACAAUGAAAUUUAUGAUAAACUCAGGGACAUUUUUCCCAAUAUUGAUCCUGCUUUCAUUGAAGAAAAAUGCCAAAAUCCUCCAUUCUCCAUCGAGGGACGUAAUAAGGAAGAACUGAUAUGCAUGUUUAUCGAAUUAUUGUUGUGA